UGUAAAUAUACAAUAUCUAGUUCUGCUGCUAUUCCUGAUUGAGUUCUUGUUGAGUUCAGUAUUAGCUUUAUAUAAAAUUGAAAUUGAAAUUAUUGCUUAUUUACAACUGGGGUGCACUUUAUAUCUAACUAAUAAAUUAAUUUGCAUAUCUAGUCCUGUAAUAGUUUUUUUUUUUUUUUAAAGAAAGGCUCACCAUUGUAUUUUGCCUUUUGUUUCAUUGCUUUUGCCAUAAAUGAUUCAAAAAUUACAUGACCAACUAGUACUUAUCUUAUUUUCUUUCAAAUAUACAGGCUAGGAUUUCUUGUAGAUUUCCUAUCCCAUGCGGCUAUUAUGGGGUUUGUGGCUGGAGCAGCCAUAGUAAUUGGUCUUCAACAACUGAAGGGGCUUCUUGGGAUUAGUCACUUCACAAACAAGACUAAUAUAAUAUCUGUUGUGGAAGUAGUUCAUCAUCAUUGGAGUCCUCUUAAUUUUAUACUUGGGUGCUCAUUCCUAAGUUUCAUCCUAAUUACAAUAUAUGUGGUGGUGCUUGGAGGUGGUCAAGAUGCAUCAGCUGUUACGACAACUGAUCAUCAUGCUAGUAAAUUUGAUGGAGAGAGAGGAUUUUUGCAUUUUAGUCUGAAACUUUGUUGGUACAUAGUGAUUGCUGAUUGAAACUUUCAUUUCACUU